AUGGACAGCAUGGACAGCAACAUGGGCACGGAGGUGGGCACGGAGGUGGGCACGGAGGCGGGCAUGGUUGCGGACAUGGUGGUGCACAUGGGCAUGGGCAUUGACAUGGACAUGGAGGUGGACAUGGAGGUGGGCAUGGAGGUGGACAUGGACGUGGGCAUGGACACUGAGGUUGGCUGA